GGAGAAGGGCUCGCUUCCAUACACUGUACGGGCAGGCUAAGGUUAGGCAUGGAGGAAGGGGGCGGGGCCAGGGGGCUGUCAAUCACAGCUCUGUGGGCUGAGGGAGAUGUCUGCGCUCAUCUAUCUGGCGCUAAUACAGUCAAUGGGAAUAUAGAUUGUGUUCUAUGGAUGAUACAUAGACGGUUUAUAGUCUGGGGAGUUUGGGCAAUAAGUGACCCCUAUUCUUGAUAUUUAUGAAGUAUUUAUUGUAACAUUACAGGUUACUAUGUACAUUGUUGUCUGCAGGAUGGGGGCUUAGACUUGGGUGGGCUAUAUGUUAGGCUAUAUGUCAUUGCAUUGUAUUUGUAGUAAAGGACAUGUUUACUCAGCAGAAUGCAUAGCCUUAUAAUGUGGAGUGUAUAGUGUAUUAUUUCAGGGACACCUGAUGGCACGUUCCCCCUCAUACAGACAUUUCAUUAGUUUUCAUUUACAGGUUCAGGUCCCUCCGCAGACAAAUGAGUCCCCCCCCCCCCCCUCUAGAAAUGGCAUCCAGUGUCUUUAUGAGACAGUGGGCGGGAGUGGGUGUUGGGAGUGGGUGGGAUGUGGCAGGAGGCUGGGGUCACUAUCACCAGAGGAGAAAAAAAAAAUCCUAAGGAGGCUCUCCAUUAAUAUAGUGAAAAGGCUCUGGAGAGGCCACAGCGAUCAGGGAGCAGCAGGUUUCUUAAGCCUAGGGGAGAUGCUGACGCGGAGGGAUUCGUGAGAAAAUAGUGCGCCUCGUAACUUCAGCAGGGAAAAGUUAGCAGUAGUUUGCAGAAGGCAGUAGUAGCCCAGGUCCGGGGUGGCCCCUCUCACUGUGUGCUGCCGCAUCUCCUCCUCUUCUGCCUGGGCAUAAUAUGUCAGCUCCUCAGCUUCUGCCUUGUAGUUGGAGCCGGUGUUAAGAUAUUACAGGGGGUUCUGGAAGAAUGAGGAUGGGGCAUUUCCAUAGACUGGCUGUCCUAGCCUGGCUGCUGCUGCUGCUGGGGCACUGGGUGCAGAAUGCAGACUCUGCGGCUUGCCAGGGAUGUACAUCAAAAUGUGACUGCAGUGGUGUGAAGGGGGACAAGGGAGAGAGGGGGCUUCCCGGAUUAGAAGGACCGCUUGGUUUACCUGGAUUUCCAGGACCUGAAGGGCCACCUGGAUCUCGCGGCCCAAAGGGUGAUGAUGGCUCAGCAGGAUCAGUUGGACCCAAAGGAAUAAGAGGACCUCCAGGUCUUCCAGGAUUUCCUGGCGCUCCUGGAUUGCCUGGGUUACCUGGGCAGGAUGGAUCCCCCGGACCUGCUGGUAUCCCAGGAUGCAAUGGGACAAAGGGUGAUCGUGGUUUUUCAGGAGGUCCAGGACUUCCAGGUCUUCAAGGUCCACAGGGUCCCCCUGGAUUACCAGGCUUAAAAGGGGAGCCAGGAGAAGUCAUUCCUUUUACUCAGUCAGGACAAAAAGGCGAAUCAGGACUACCAGGUCUCCCGGGUUUACCAGGUCUCCUUGGUCCCCCAGGAAUACAGGGUCCAGUUGGACGUCCAGGACCUGCAGGUUUACCGGGACCUCCUGGUACCCCUGGAUUUCCAGGAGCGAAGGGUAAUAUGGGCUUGAAUUUCCAAGGAUCAAAAGGAGAAAAGGGUGACCCAGGACUUCAAGGACCCCCUGGACCCCCUGGACAAUCAACAGAACAGAAGGAACCAGGAGACAGUCAAGUCCAGAAAGGAGAGAAGGGCUCAAUUGGUUCACCAGGAUUCCCUGGACCGCCUGGUCCUCCAGGUCCUCCUGGUCUUUCUGGAGGUAGUAAAGGACAAAAAGGAGAACCGGGAGAUGCAGGAAAGAUCGGCAAACCUGGCAAGGAAGGAAGGAGUGGAUUUCCUGGUUCGGAGGGUGCUCCUGGUGAUCGUGGUUUACCUGGAAAUUCCGGCAGAGAUGGCGAGAAGGGUCAAAAAGGUGAUCGUGGAUUCCCUGGACCUCCUGGACAGGUGAUAACAGGACCAGAACCAAGCCUCGGACCAAAAGGAAACAUUGGACCUCCAGGAUUACCUGGAAUCAAAGGAGAACGUGGUUUUCCAGGUUUGCAAGGUCCACCGGGCCUUCCAGGGCAACCAGGUACUGCUGCCACCGGCCCUCCAGGGGACCCUGGCUUCCCAGGAGAAAGAGGACAGAAAGGAGAUCAAGGCCCUCCAGGAAUAUCUAUACCAGGUCCUCCUGGUGAAGAUGGCCGUUCUGGAUUUCCUGGCCCUCCAGGACCACCUGGGCCUCCAGGGUCUUCAGAUCCUCCUAUUGGAGAAAUAUGUCUACCUGGAACACCGGGCCUUCCAGGCUUCCAAGGCGAGCCAGGUCUUUCUGGUGAAAGAGGACAGAAAGGUGACAGGGGAGACACAUGUUACAACUGUAUAGGAAAUGAAAUUCCAGGACAGAAAGGAGAACCUGGCCCUUCUGGUUCUCCUGGGAACCCAGGGUUGCCUGGUUAUCCUGGACCAAAAGGUGAUCCCGGUCUUCCGGGUCUGUUGGGUCCUCCAGGACAAGCAGGUUUCCCUGGUUCUCCAGGUAGCCCUGGCCGACCUGGCCCCAAAGGAGAUCCCGGUGAAGUGAUUGCAGUAACUGGACUGAAAGGAGAUAAAGGUGACACUGGAUUUCCCGGUCCAGCUGGAAGCCCUGGCCUUGAUGGUCGCCCUGGAAGAGAUGGAAUCCCAGGAGUUCCUGGGCCUAAGGGAGAGCCGGGUGGCCUUGCCUUCAAAGGUGAACGUGGCCCAUCCGGUGAACCUGGCCUCCCUGGACUUCCAGGUGAUAGAGGUCCCUUGGGUCCUCCUGGUUUUGGUCCACCUGGCCCCUCUGGUGAGAAAGGAGUUCAAGGAGUUUCUGGUCGACCGGGUGCACCUGGAGCUCCAGGUGUUAAGGGACCUCCUGGACAAACAGUAACAGAGAAAGGUGCUAAAGGUCUCCAGGGUCAGCCUGGUAAUAUAGGCCCACCAGGAUCACCAGGUGAACCCGGUCAGCCAGGACAGCCCGGACUUCCAGGCCUUACAGGAAUGAAAGGAGAUCCUGGGAACCCCGGAAUUGGACUUCCAGGACCAGCUGGUCCAAAAGGGUUCUCCGGACCAUCUGGACCACCAGGACCACCUGGUACAUCAGGAAAGCCUGGAUUAGAUGGAACACCUGGCCAGCCAGGUUUCCCAGGACCAAAGGGUGAGCCUGGAUUUGGAUUACCGGGACUUCAAGGUACUCCUGGUUCUCCUGGAUUAAAAGGAUCUCAAGGACCAAAAGGAGAUUCUGGGUUCCCAGGGAUGCCAGGAUCCCCAGGAAGAGCAGGAUUUGAUGGAUCUCCUGGACCAAAAGGUGACCCUGGUCAGAACGGACUCCUUGGCCCACCAGGUCCACCUGGCAUUCCAGGUACUGGUGGUCAAGGUCCUCCUGGCCCUCCUGGACUUCCAGGACCAGCUGGCCCCCCAGGGUUAACGGGUAUAUCUGGUGACAAGGGUGAUCCUGGCCCCCCAGGAUUUGAAAUUCCUGGCCCUCAAGGAGAUCGUGGUAACCCUGGUUUUCCUGGUGAACGUGGAUUUCCAGGUCCUCCAGGACCACCUGGAUUCCCAGGCCGUGAUGGAGUACCAGGUGUUAAGGGUGGAAAAGGUGACAUGGGUGUCAUGGGACCACCUGGACCAUCUGGACCUCCUGGCAGCCCUGGCGGCCCUGGCUUUCCUGGCCCAAAAGGUCUUGAUGGAUUUCCUGGUCAACCUGGUAAUAGCGGUAAUAAUGGACAAAAAGGUGACAAGGGUGAUCGCGGUCUUCAGGGUCCACCCGGAAAUAACAUUGGAGGUCUAGGAAGCAAAGGAGACAAAGGAGAACCUGGACAACCUGGUGCCCCUGGCUUAAAUGGAGAGAAAGGCUACAGUGGAAUGCCUGGUUCUCCUGGAUCAGCGGGCUCAAGUGGACUUCCAGGAUCUUCGGGAAUACCAGGGCCUAAAGGAGAUCCCGGAUUCCCUGGACAGCCUGGGUUACCUGGCCCUUCGGGACAAAAGGGGAACAUGGGAGAGAUGGGACUUCCAGGACCAAGUGGUGAAAAGGGUGGACCUGGGCAGUCUGGACGCCCUGGGUCACCAGGACCUCCAGGAUUCAGUGGACCGAAAGGUGAUAAAGGUGAACCAGGACUUUCAGGCAUCGGGCAGCCUGGCUUCCCUGGCCAAAAGGGAGAACCUGGACCUGCUGGGUUUCCAGGUACGCCAGGUACUAAAGGUGAAGCAGGAAGCCCUGGACUGCCUGGAUUACCAGGAGUAUCAGGUCCUAAAGGAGAUCCAGGUGCCCCAGGAUUUUCAGGUGCUCCAGGUCUUCCGGGAUCAAAAGGACUUGAUGGACCUCCAGGAAACUCUGGUGGUCCGGGCUCACCUGGACCAAGGGGGGAUGCUGGGCGCUCUGGGCCUCCAGGACCUCCAGGUGAAAAGGGUCAACCAGGCCAAGAUGGAAUUCCUGGCCCUGCUGGCCUAAAAGGAGAACCAGGACUACCAGGCUUUGGGACACCAGGAACGCCUGGACUUCCUGGGACUCCAGGUGCAAAGGGUGAGCCAGGAUUUUCUGGUCCCCCCGGAUCUCCUGGAUUUCCUGGCACUAAAGGAGACAGUGGUUAUCCUGGACGUCCAGGUAGCACAGGACCACCAGGACAACCAGGUCUCCCUGGACUAGCCACACCAGGUCCUAAAGGAAAUACUGGACCACCAGGACCUCCCGGACGCUCAGGUCCACCUGGCCAAGAAGGUCCUCGCGGACCCCCAGGCAGUGGAGGUUUCAAAGGUGAAAGGGGUAAUCCUGGCAGUCCUGGACAACCUGGAUUCCCAGGACCAAAAGGAGAAGCAGGAACACCAGGAAUACCGGGUGAUUCCGGAAGACCAGGUCUGAAUGGAAUGAAAGGAGAUCAGGGUGUACCCGGUGUCCCAGGUUUCCCAGGCAUGAAAGGACCCAGCGGACCUCCUGGUUUGGCUGGAUUUAAGGGCGACCUAGGCAGCCCUGGUCUUCCAGGUUUGCCAGGAUCACCUGGUCCAAAGGGUGAGAUCAGGACUAUACCAGGACCACCUGGUCCACCUGGACGCCCCGGAAGCAAUGGACCUCCAGGACAACCAGGACCUCCUGGAUUACCAGGUCCACAGGGGCCUCCUGGCGAUUCUGGAAGAGAUGGGCUACCAGGAUUUGAGGGGCAGGUGGGACGUAAAGGUGAUCGGGGUCUUCCAGGCCAGCCAGGUACAAGAGGAAACCAAGGUCCACCCGGUCCAGAUGGAUUACAAGGCCCUCCUGGUGCACCAGGCUUAGGAUCUGUAGCUCAUGGAUUCCUUAUAACCCGCCAUAGUCAGGCAACAGAGUCACCAGCAUGUCCUCAGGGUACCUCUAGGAUCUACGAUGGAUAUUCUCUUCUUUAUGUACAGGGCAAUGAACGGGCACAUGGACAGGACUUGGGUACCGCUGGUAGCUGUCUCAGGCGUUUUAGCACAAUGCCUUUCAUGUUUUGCAAUAUCAAUAAUGUGUGCAAUUUUGCUUCAAGAAAUGAUUACUCCUACUGGCUAUCUACGCCAGAGCCAAUGCCAAUGAACAUGGAGCCACUAAGGGGAAGAGACAUUCAGCCAUUUAUAAGCCGAUGCACAGUUUGUGAAGCUCCUGCCAUGGUGAUAGCUAUUCACAGUCAAACCAUUCAGAUUCCACCAUGUCCACAAGGCUGGUCUUCACUAUGGAUCGGAUAUUCCUUCAUGAUGCAUACAAGUGCGGGCGCAGAAGGUUCAGGACAAGCUUUGGCAUCUCCUGGAUCAUGUUUAGAGGAAUUCCGUUCAGCACCUUUCAUUGAAUGUCAUGGCCGUGGUACCUGCAAUUACUAUGUCAACUCAUAUAGUUUCUGGCUGGCCACCGUGGAAAUGUCGGAAAUGUUUAGUAAACCUCAGUCUGAAACACUCAAAGCUGGUGACCUGAGAACACGUGUCAGCCGAUGCCAAGUAUGUAUGAAGAGGACGUAACAUUUUGGUGAACUGGCUACCUGUGGAAGAGUGCUAAGGUCUGAAUUGUCCUCUGUGACAAUGGUGCUACUGUGUAGAUAAAGCAAAAACCAGAUACUGUUUAAAACAAUUUCAAAUGUACCUCACCAAAGUGCCAUAUUGAAGAUUGACUGGUGCAUACUGACGAAUGGACUUAGAAAACGAUAAAACCUCUUCCAAGAGAGAAAACUACAUUUUGGCGAGGAUCACAUGAAGUUUUUUUCCCCCAUUACCAAAAUGGCACUUUUCCUAUCAGCUAUACGAAGAAACGCACUGAGUAUCUUUAAAUAACAAGGCUACAGUUUUGAAAAAACAAACAUUUUUUAUGGUGCUACUAACCCCUCCGUAUCCUGGGUUUCAAAUAUACAAAUGCUAAGCUUGUUUCUCUUUGUAAGUAAUGAAAUGUGUAUAUUGUGUAAAACACUUUUUAUUUUUAUUUUUUGUUUCUCCAUUAAAUCAUUUAGGAAAAUCCAAGUAUAAAGUCACAUUUUCAGUUCACAAAUGUAUAAGAAUAAUAUUCAGAAUAUAUGCAUCAGUAUUUUCUACAUAUCUUAAGCAUCAGAAUACUACUGAUUUGAUGGCUUGCUUUUCCUGCCCCCUCCCUUGUUUCAUUUGGACUCCAUGUUGGCAUUGUAUCAUACGUAUGUCUUUAGCCAGGCUCAUCUGAUUGUUUAUACUGUCGCCAAUGCAAUCCCAUUUUAUUUGGAAAAUUUAAACGUUUGUUUUUGUACACUGAACACGUGAAAAUAUUAGCCAUAUUCUUUAUAACAUUUCAGUUACAACAAACACACAACCAGCACUGUCAAUACCCCUUCAGGAAUCACCAAAGUAUUUACACAUAUGGAAAGUGUUGUCAUGUGUGUUAUUGAACAUAGUGUGAAUGAAAUAAAGAGAGAUUGGCUAUAUUGGUAUUUUUGGUCUUCUUGGAAGAAGGAAUACAGAUUUUGAGUUCUUUUAGACCCAUGUAACAGCUAAAACUCACUAAGUGGGGGAGAUAUUCAAAAACUUUACAUUGUUACAUUGAUAUUAAUCACUUUUUAUUCUCCUCACAUUUUCAAAGGUCUCUUGUGCUGCUUUGAAAAUAACACUUUACGAUUAUUAUUAUUUUUCAAUAAUUGAUUAAAUAACACCUUUUCCCCAAAAACUAAAGAAAAAAAAUACAACCAUUUCUGUGAUUUCUACACUAGCAAAAAUCUGGUGUGAAAUUUCUGAUGUAAAAUGGACUCUCACCCCUUUCAAUAUAUCAUGUAAAACAUUAAAUUUACAUAGCCACGCCCACUGGUGUGACUAAUGUAAACCUUGGAUAAUUCUCAUGUAAACCACUUUGAAUAUCUGAUAUAAGGGGAGUAUUCUUCACGCCACAACUGUACCUGCGCAACUUUGCAAAUCUGUAAAGCAAUAUAGUGGUGUCAAAAAAAAAAAAGGAGGAGGGGGACAAGCAUAUGGGCCCUUUCACACUGCAGUAUUUUGGUCAGUAUCUGCAGGAUAAAACCAGAAGUGGGACCUACACCAAGAAAGAAAAUAAUCUUACAUCUGUUUUCAAUAUUUCUGUAGUCAUAGAAUAAGAUCUCUUAGGCUAUGUUCACGCCAUGGAAUUUCCGUGUGGAAUUCCACAGAAGAAUUCCGCACAAACAUUCCGCUGCAGCAGAGUCCGAU